AUGGCAAUGGCUGUUGGGGGAAUCUGUGGGAGUUUAUUAGGAGGAUACGCACUCACCAACUUUCAAAUGGAAACCAUUUUUCUUCUUUUUGCUGUUUUGCCAACUCUACAGCUUUUCUCAUAUGCUUUUGUGAAGAAGACUCCUGAAGUUGGAGAUAUGGAUAAUGCAUCACUAAGCAAGGGAAAGAAAGUUUCUGGUAGUAAAAGGAAGGCACAAAGCUUCAAGGAUGAGGAGUUUUUUAUAAGUUCGGAGCCAACAAAUCAACUUGGAGCUAGAAUAUCACUACCUAGUUUUGGACAACAUGAGAAGAGUAUAAAUGAUGCAAUUAUUAUUUUGAGUAUCAUAUGCCUUCAACUUCCAUCUGAAUUAGCAUAUGCACAUUUGUAUGAAAGCAUCGGAUCUGAUGUUGUAAAGUUUGGGUUGACUGCAGGAUACCUGUUUGCUAUCCAGUAUUUUACACAAAUUAGAGGGAAAGUGUCUGUGAAGUUAAUUAAAGAUGAAAAGAACAAGUGUACUGAAUAUAGAGCUAAUAGUUUGGUCUAUAAGGUUUUUGGUCUCUACUUUAUGCAAUCAUACAUUGGAAUACUUUACCAUGCAAUUCUACAUCGAAACUUCAUGACACUUAGACAAGUUAUAAUUCAACGUUUAAUCAUAUCAGAGGUGCUGGAGAAUCUGAUGGAUAAUUCUCUGCCUUAUGUCAAAUACAGUUAUAGAAAUACAGAGCUAUUCGGCAAUCACAAGAGAAAACGGGAGAAAGGGUAUGCAGGUGGAAAACAUAUUUUCAAUUCUAGGGUAGAAAAAGAGUACUUUAAGCCUGUAUAUGCUGCAAGUAUUGGUGAUGAACUUGAAGAUGGGCUCUUUGAUGAUUUUCUGGAGUUGGCUUUGCAAUUUGGAAUGAUUAUGAUGUUUGCUUGUGCUUUUCCUCCUGCAUUUCCCUUUGCUGCAUUGGAAAGAUCUUACAUUAACAAAAGUCUUCUAACCCUUGGAACUGUAAUUCGGAAGCUUAGUGAGGGGAAGGCUUCUCAUGUUCCAUAUAGAGAUCCCAAGCUUACUCGCCUACUACAGUCCUCAUUGAGUGGCCAUGGACAUGUUUCAAUUAUUGAUGAGAAGUCUUUGAUUAAGAAGUACCAAAGAGAAAUAUCAGUUCUCAAACAAGAGCUUGAUCAGUUAAGACGUGGGAUGCUUGUAGGUGUUAAUCCUGAAGAGAUAGUUACUUUAAAACAAAAGGCCGAGAGAGAAUUGCAGCCAUGCUUUUGGGAAGUAACUGCUAGAGCAGUUCAUCCAGUGCUGGAAUGGGGAGAAUCUGGAAUGACAGUUGCAGAUGGACUCUCGAAUCUUCUCAAGGUGAAAAUCAGAUUUUAA